UUUCUCCCUCCUCUUUCUCUCCUCUCCUGGGUGACUGACUGGCCCACUGUCACUGCCUCUCAGCUGGGUCCCCAGCCCCUCUGUGCCUGACUGUCCAAGUCAUCUGCUGUGCAAAGCUGCUUUCUGAAAACUGCUGAUAGCAGUGGACUUUGGGAGGACAUCUCCUUGCUAGGAAGUAACUAAAAGGCAGCAUGUCAGCUGAGACACCGAUCCAACUGAAAAUGAAACCCCAGGACUUCCAGAUCCAGACACAUACAGUGGAGAAGCUAUUAGAACCUCUCAUAAUCCAGGUUACCACUUUGGUGAAUUGUCCCCAGAAUAUUUCAAAUAGGAAAAAGGGACGUUCGAAAAGAGCCCGGGUUCUUCUUGCUUCUGUUGAAGAAGCCACAUGGAAUUUACUGGACAAGGGGGAGAAGAUUGCCAGUGAGGCCACGGUACUAAAGGAAGAGCUCACGGCAGCCCUGCAGGAAGUGUGCAAAGAAAGUGAAGCUCUGAAGGUAUCAGCUGAAACAUUUACAGAUGAUCCCUGUUUUUUGCCAAAGAGGGAGGCUGUGGUUCUAGCUGCCCGUGCCUUGUUGGCUGCUGUCACCAGGCUGCUCAUCUUGGCUGACAUGAUUGAUGUCAUGUGCCUCCUGCAACACGUGUCUGCUUUUCAGAAGACAUUUGAGUCCCUCAAAAAUGCAUCCAACAAAUCUGAUCUGCAGAAGACCUACCAGAAACUUGACAAGGAGCUAGAAAAUCUGGAUUAUUUGGCUCACAAACGCCAGCAGGACUUAAAAUCUCCCGCCCAGCGAGAUGAGAUUGCGGGGGCCCGGGCUUCACUGAAGGAAAACUCUCCUCUUUUGCAUUCAAUUUGUUCUGCGUGCCUGGAGCAUGAUGAUGUGGCCUCUCUCCGAGCCAGUAAGGACACAGUCUGUGAUGAGAUCCAGAAUGCCCUCGAUGUGAUUUCAAAUGCUUCACAAGGGAUCCAGAGCCCAAAGGCUGAGCCAGAACCUCAGUCAGCCACACUGGGAGAUGCGCUGGAUGAACUUGAGGAUUUAGUGAUCUUGGAUCCACUCACAGUGAGGGACGAGAAAAUCCGCCCCUCUCUUGAGAAACGCUUGGAGGCCAUCAUCAGUGGGGCAGCCCUGUUGGCCGAUUCUUCCUGCACACGGGACUUCCACCGGGAACGCAUCAUCACUGAGUGUAACUCCAUCCGACAAGCUCUCCAGGACUUGCUUUCAGAAUAUAUGGACAAUGCUGGGAAAAAGGAAAGGAGCAAUGCCCUGAAUAUCGCAAUAGAUAACAUGUGCAAAAAGACCAGAGACCUGCGUAGACAGCUUCGCAAGGCCAUUAUUGACCAUGUGUCGGACUCUUUCUUGGACACAACAGUCCCACUUCUGGUUCUCAUUGAAGCAGCCAAGAAUGGGAGGGAAAAGGAAAUGAAAGAGUAUGCCGCCAUAUUUCGUGAGCACACCAACCGUCUUGUGGAGGUGGCUAAUCUCGCUUGUUCCCUGUCUGCAAAUGAAGAUGGGAUUAAAAUAGUCAAGACAGCAGCCAGUCACAUGGAGACAUUGUGCCCCCAGGUGAUCAACGCAGCCCUGGCUCUCACUGCCCGACCCAAAAGCCAGGCGGUAAAAUCCAACAUGGACAUGUAUAAACGCCUGUGGGAGAACCACAUCCAUGUCCUCACUGAAGCAGUAGAUGACAUCACAAGCAUCGAUGACUUCCUUGCUGUAUCUGAGAGCCACAUCCUGGAAGAUGUCAACAAGUGUAUCAUUGCUCUAAGAGACCAGGAUCUUGACAAUUUAGACCGUGCGGCUGGUGCGAUCAAAGGAAGAGCUUCACGAGUUGCUCACAUCGUUAUGGGAGAAAUGGACAGUUAUGAGCCUGGGGCUUACACCGAAGGAGUUCUCAAGAACGUUGGCUACCUUACCAACACCGCAAUCCCAGAAUUCAUCUCCCAGGUCAACAUCGCCUUGGAAGCCCUCGGUAAGAACGCCAUGCACCAGUUUGAUGAUAGCCAGUUUGUGGAUGCCUCCAAAAGGGUCUAUGACUCAAUCCAUGACAUCCGCUGUGCCGUCAUGAUGAUCAGGACUCCUGAGGAGCUGGAAGAUAUUUCAGAUCUGGAAGAAGAUCACGAUGUCCGCAGUCACACCAGUGUUCAGACAGAAGGGAAGACAGACCGGGCUAAAAUGACUCAGCUGCCUGAGGCGGAAAAGGAAAAGAUUGCAGAGCAAGUAGCUGAUUUCAAGAAAGUCAAGAGCAAACUGGAUGCUGAGAUUGAGAUAUGGGAUGAUACCAGCAAUGACAUCAUUGUCCUGGCCAAGAAGAUGUGCAUGAUUAUGAUGGAGAUGACAGACUUCACCAGGGGCAGAGGCCCACUGAAGCACACAACUGAUGUGAUUUAUGCAGCUAAAAUGAUAUCUGAAUCAGGUUCAAGGAUGGACGUCCUUGCUCGGCAGAUUGCUAAACAAUGCCCUGACCCAUCCUGCAAGCAAGAUUUAUUGGCUUAUCUGGAACAAAUCAAAUUCUAUUCUCACCAGCUCAAAAUAUGCAGUCAAGUGAAAGCUGAAAUCCAGAAUUUGGGAGGAGAACUCAUCAUGUCUGCUUCCCCUAAUUGGGUGUCAGGGAACAAAGGUUCAAAGUUGGAUAGUGUCACCUCACUGAUCCAAGCUGCCAAGAACUUGAUGAAUGCUGUGGUCCACACUGUGAAAAUGUCCUAUAUUGCCUCCACCAAGAUCAUCAAGAUCCAGAGUUCUACAGGCCCCCGACAUCCUGUUGUCAUGUGGAGAAUGAAGGCUCCUGCAAAAAAGCCCCUGAUUAAGCGAGAGAAGCCAGAGGAGACCUUUGCAGCAGUGAGAAGAGGGUCUGCUAAGAAGCAAAUACACCCUGUCCAAGUAAUGAGUGAAUUCAAAGGGCGACAAGUCUGCUAGACUGGCUACUCAACCUGGCUAACCCAUUCUCAGAGCUUUGCUCACUUCACUGCCUUUGUUUUCCACUAGAUCAGUUCCUUAAGUGCACUAAUAAUUAAACAAGUAGGAUAGGACGUGUAGGGCUGGGUACACAACUCUAAGAAACAUGGCUUCACAACAUACCUUGUGUUUGGCAAAAAGCUCUCAAAGUUGGUUCAAUUUCCUUUUCACACUCCCAACGACAGUCUUCUAUUUCUCCCCAUCCCCACAACCAUCAAAAAAGUUGGAGGCUCAACUGAAUCCUUCCUAUUUUCACAAAUAUUAAUAAUCACCUACUUAUUUAAGAUGUAGAGAUGUCUUAAUAAAAGUCACAAUCUUGGUUUUCAAUGGAAAGAACCGAUCUAAAAGUACAUAUUAAGUGUCUACUAUUUACCAGGCACUGUGCUACAUCCCAGGGAUACACAUUAAACACAAAAUUCUGUCAUGUGGCCUUUUGAUGCUGUUUCUUGUUGCCAAGCAAAGUGUCUGGCAUGCAGUAGACAUAAUACCCUGCCUGUCAAUGGACUGAUAAGUUAAUAUAAAAUUAUGUAACUCCUUAAUCUCUUUAACUUCCCUACAUAUCAUAAGCCCCAAAUCCUGACUUCACAGUCAUGCUUUGCAGAGGUGUAUAAUCGUUGAUUGCAAACUCUCCAAUAGUUCAGUUUUUAACGGGCUAUGUCACCCAUAGAAGUCUAACUAAGCUUCAGCGGCCAAAAGACUUGCUGGUUUCAGAAGUUCAGCCCGUGAUAGUGGAAGUAUUUCACAUUUAUAGAUGAAGGGUUUUUUACCUUACACCUUUUCUGAUGAGUGUUACGGGGACAAUUAGACAAUGGAUGGGCCCCUUUCUUCAGCAGCCUGGUCAUAUUGAAGUUCUGGCUUGUAAAAGUCCAUAAAAAGCAUUUUCUGAAUGAAUGGAUCCUUACCCAUAUAGGGAAUCAUAAGAGCACAGCAGAUCAAAAAGGAGGUUAUAAUAGCACAAACAAAAAGUUCUCUCUAAAAAUCUGAAAUUCCUUUAUCAAUCCAUAGCUGUUGUAAGAAGGAGUAUUGGCUUGAAAACCUCUGGACACUUAGGGAAUAAAAAAAGCUAAUUUUAUAUAUUACUCUGUUGAAUACCGAAGGCAAAUUUAUAGUAAUGAUAGACUGAUUUUUGAUAACCUUCUUUUAAUACAAGCCUUUGCAAACUUUUUUUUUAAUAUCAAUUCCUACUGGUGGGCCCUAUUCAAGUAUAUAGUUGCCUGUAAAAAUACAAAUUUGAGUAUGCUGCUCCCAAAGGCUGCCUUCAGACAAUGCUCACUUACAGCACCUGACUUUAAAAAAAAAAAGCCCUUUGCAUAGUUAAACCUCAGUGUUCUCCUGCUCAAUCCUCAUGGGUCCUUCAAAGGCUAUGUGAUACACUGAAAAGAAUAAAAAAGCCAGUGAAGACAUGGAUUCAAAUUCCACCUCUCACAGUUACUGGCAAGCCAUAAAAUCUGACAUAUCCUUAAUUUCCUCAUAUGUAAAAUGGGUACAAUAAUAGCUAUAAGAUUUUCAACCAAGAUUUGUCUUAGAAAUCAAAUGAGGUGGUGCAGGUAAAGUAUUUUGUUAAUAUCAAAAGGGUCUAUCAAAGGUUAUGCAGCACUAGUGAAGGCUGCUGAACUCAGGAGACACUGAGUUGGAAUCCCAUCUCUCAUAUUCUCUGCUUGUGUAAGUAUAAAUAAAACAACAAAUCUCUUUUAGCCUUAACGUCCUCAUCUGUAAAAUGAGACUAAUAAAUAAUGCCUUUAAUAACUAGCAUCCUAGAUUGUUGUGAGGGUCACUUGAUAUAAUGCAUGUAAAGUGUUUUGCAAACAUUAAAGGGCUAAAUAAAUCUCAGCUAUCAUUUGUACUAUUGCUACCAUUCCCUUUGUUAUGUCUGUUAACCUUUCCUCAUCAUUUUCAAUCAGAAAAGUUUCAACCCAAGAGCCUUCUUUUAAUAGCUCUAUCUUAGAUUCUCACUUAUUUUUCUUAACAAUUUUUUUAGCCUUAGAUAUCUACUUCACAUUAACCUGAAGGUAUUAGAGGCAAAAUGAAGAAAGACCAUACCUUUCCAGUGGUUUCCUGACUUUCAAAGAUCGCUUUGUUCCAAUUUGUUUUGUGCAGAAAACAAAACUAACAAAAAAUAAAACACAUUUACACUUCC